AUGGAUCUGAUUCCCCAACAUUGUUCAAACGGUAAUGGCAAUGGUAAUGGCAGCGGUAAUGGCAAUGGUAAUGGCAUCGGUUAUGGCAAUGGUAAUGGCAACGGUUAUGGAAGUGGUAAUGGCAACGGUCAUGGCAACAGUAAUGGCAAUGGUAAUAGCAAUGGUUAUGGCAAUGGUAAUGGAAAUGGUGGAAUGGCAAUGGUAAUGGUAAUGGUAAUGGCAAUGGUAAUGAUAAUGGUAAUGGCAAUGGUAAUGGCAAUGGUAAUGGAAAUGGUGGUAAUGGCAAUGGUAAUGGCAAUGGUUAUGGCAAUGGUAAUGGCAAUGGCAAUGGUUAUGGCAAUGGUAGUGGCAAUGGUAAUGGAAAUGGUGGUAAUGGCAAUGGCAAUGGCAACGGUAAUGGCAAUGGUGAUGGCAACGGUAAUGGCAAUGGUAAUGGUAAUGGCAAUGGCGGCAAUGGCUACGGCAAUAAUAAGGAUCCCAAAAGUUUGACUUUAAAAUGUUACUACAGUUACGAGGGUUCCCUCACUACGCCUCCUUGCUUUGAAACAGUACACUGGAUAGUUGUUAAAGACUACCUUCUUGCCUCUACCAGCCAGGUAUGUAAUGCUCACUAACUUGAAUAACUUAGCUUUACAACUGAGAGGAUAUGACACUCUACAAGUAUACUAGAGUGAUUAUACUUGAACCGUGUAAAAGGUAGUAGAAUGCUACGCACUAUUUUGCACUAUCUCUUUUGUCUUCUUUCGUUUACCUCUGGCUUUCUUGCAUUAUUUGUUCGUAUCCGUUUCAUGGUUCAAGUAAAAUCACUUUAAGAUACGGAAUCUGGUUAAGACCGGUCAGUGUCACAAUAGCGAUGACCGGAGCCAAUUCUAGGCAUGUAUUGCGUUAGCUACUAUGCAGACCAUUACAGGAUACAUUGAAAUUAUUGCCAAUGCACUACCAAAAACUGGGUUUAAAAGAGUCUAUGAUGCAUCGUACGUUAAAUUUUCUUAUCACACCGGCGUCUUUACUUUUAAGUUGCGUAGCUAUAGACAUCGAUAAUGUUAGUUCAAAUUGUGCUAGAAACCAUUAACUUAAACCAGAUGACGGGACGUACGUUUCCUUACUUGAUAUAUUUUUCGGUGUUUCAGCUUAACAAGUUCAGGAAACGUAAGGGUGAACAUGGUAGAAAGCCUCCACUCAUGAGCGACAACUACAGACCAAUCCAACCACUGAAUGACCGCACUGUUUACUCCGUCACAAAUAACGAUUAG